AUGACAGUUUCUCAGGGCAACGGAAAGUUGCCCGAGAAUUCAGUUAAUGAGCAAAAAUGUAUGCCGCUCAAGGAUAAAUGGCUUCUUGUGCCAGCGUUUCUAAAGGUACGUGGUCUAGUGAAGCAACAUCUUGUCAGUUUUGAUCACUUCGUCAAUGAAGAAAUCAGAUCGAUUAUGCUGUCGAAUCAGAAGAUUACAAGUGAUGCGAAUCCAAACUUUUAUUUGAAAUAUCUUGAUAUUCGAGUUGGAAAGCCAAGCAGCGAAGAGGGAUUAAAUCAGACACAUGACAAAAUUACUCCACAAGAAUGCCGUCUUCGUGAUAUGACAUAUUCUGCACCAAUUACUGUAGACAUCGAGUAUACUCGUGGAAAUCAAAGAGUAAUCAAAAAAGAUUUGAUAAUCGGAAGAAUGCCAAUCAUGCUUCGAUCGAGCAAGUGUAUUUUGAGGGAUUUAGCUGAGGAAGAAUUGGCGCGAGUCCAGGAAUGCCCAUAUGAUCCAGGAGGUUAUUUUGUUGUCAAGGGAAGCGAGAAGGUUAUUUUGAUUCAAGAGCAACUUUCCAAAAAUCGUAUCAUGGUUGGACGAAACUCGAGCAAAGAAUUGCAGUGUGAAGUUCUUUCGUCAACAUCUGAAAGAAAGAGUAAAACGUAUGUAACAGUUAAAAAAGGAAAAUACUUAUUACGGCAUAAUCAAUUGACCGACGAUAUUCCAAUAUCUAUCAUUUUUAAAGCCAUGGGUAUCGAAUCAGACUAUGAUAUUAUUAGUGCAAUUGGACACGAAGAAAAAUAUGUCGCUGCGUUUUCUCAUACAUUUGAAGAAUGUGCUGCCAACGGAAUUUAUACGAAACAACAAGCUUUGACUUAUUUGACAUCAAAAGUAAAAGCGAGAAAAUUCACACCAUUUGGUGCACCGCCUGGAACAACGAUGACUGUUUUGACGCCUCCGAAAGAGCACGAAGCAAUCGAUUUCUUGUCAAACUCAAUGGUUACUCACGUCGCAUGUCCUGAUGGAAAUUUCAAAAUGAAGGCGAUUUAUUUGGGCUUGAUGACUCGACGCUUAAUUCAAACCGAAUUGGGCGAAAACGAUUUAGACGAUCGUGAUUUCUACGGAAACAAGCGGUUGGAAUUGGCUGGUUCACUUUUAUCUCUUCUUUUCGAAGAUGUGUUCAAAAGAUUCAACUCUGAACUCAAAAGAAUUGCGGAUAAUGCGCUGAUGAAGACUAUGGCGGCUCCAUUGGAUAUUGUGAAACACAUGAGACAAGAUAUGAUCACAAAUACCAUUGUAAAUGCAAUGUCAACGGGAAAUUGGAUCAUCAAGCGAUUCAGAAUGGAACGACUUGGUGUCACCCAAGUUCUUAGUCGUCUGUCGUAUAUUUCCGCCCUCGGUAUGAUGACCAGAAUCAAUUCGACGUUUGAGAAAACGCGAAAAGUGUCCGGUCCUCGAUCUCUUCAACCAUCUCAGUGGGGAAUGCUAUGUCCCAGCGACACUCCUGAAGGAGAAGCUUGUGGUCUCGUCAAGAAUUUGGCGUUGAUCAGUCAUAUUACUACCGACAGUGAUGAGAAACCAGUGCUGCGGUUACUGUUCAAUUCUGGCGUUGAAGAUCUUCACAAUUGCCAUUUUUCUCAUAUUAAUAAGCCUGAAAAUCAUCUCAUCUUUUUGAACGGUGUUCUUAUUGGAACAGCCACCGAUCCGGAAAGAAUAGUUAAAGCUGUACGAGAUGUGAGAAGAAGCGGUCUUCUAUCUGAAUUCGUCUCAGUGUCGCGAUCAUUGGCUCAACGAUCUGUAUACAUCUCAUCAGAUGGUGGACGAUUGUGCCGGCCGUACAUUAUUGUGCAAGAUGGAAAACCGAUGCUUACCGAAAAACAUAUUCAGGAAUUGAAAGAAGGGAAACGAAUAUUUGAGGAUUUCGUUGACGAUGGAAUUGUUGAAUAUUUAGAUGUAAAUGAGAUGAAUGAUGCUCUCAUUGCGGUUUAUGAAAACGAAAUUGUGCCUGAAACAACUCAUCUCGAGAUCGAACCAUUUACUCUUCUCGGAGUUUGCGCUGGACUCGUACCUUAUCCACAUCAUAAUCAAUCUCCUAGGAAUACUUACCAGUGUGCUAUGGGUAAGCAGGCAAUGGGGACGAUUGCAUACAAUCAACAGAAGCGAAUUGAUUCUAUUAUGUAUUUACUGUGUUAUCCGCAACGUCCGUUAGUCAAGUCGAAGACGAUCGAGCUCAUCAAUUUUGAAAAAUUGCCAGCUGGAGCAAACGGAAUUAUCGCUGUUAUGUCUUACAGUGGCUACGAUAUUGAAGAUGCACUCGUUUUGAACAAGGCUUCGCUUGAUAGAGGAUAUGGAAGAUGUUUAGUUUAUAAGCAUGUGAAAGGAACUGCCCGGAAAUAUCCGAAUCAGACAUUCGAUAGACUUCUUGGACCGGCGUUGGAUCCAAAUACAAGAAAACCUAUUUUCAAACAUAAAAAUUUGGAUCAGGAGGGGAUUGUGUUCGCUGGAGCUCGUCUCUACCCGAAACAGACCAUUAUCAACAAGCACAUGCCGGUUGUAAGCGGAGAAUCGAAUUCUGCGUCUGGAAUGGGCGCCGGUGCAAAUUCGAUCGGAAUCGCUGGACGACAAGUAGAUUACAAAGAUGUUUCGAUUUCCUACAAAACUCCAACACCUUCAUAUGCUGAGCGGGUGUUGCUCACCUACAAUGAGGAUGAGGCUCAUUUGUUCAAAGUUUUGUUGCGACAAACUCGACGGCCUGAAUUGGGUGACAAAUUCUCGUCGAGGCAUGGACAGAAAGGAGUUUGUGGAUUGAUUGCUCAGCAGGAGGAUCUUCCUUUCAACGAUCUUGGAAUGGUGCCAGAUAUGAUCAUGAACCCCCACGGUUAUCCGUCUCGAAUGACUGUCGGAAAGUUGAUGGAAUUGUUAUCCGGAAAAGCGGGGCUUCUUAAUGGAACGUACCAUUAUGGAACUGCUUUCGGGGGAGAUCAGGUGAAAGAUGUAUGUGAAGAACUCGCCGCUCGUGGAUACAAUUAUAUGGGAAAGGAUAUGUUGACCAGUGGAAUUACUGGCCAACCACUUUCGGCAUAUAUCUACUUUGGGCCCAUUUACUAUCAAAAACUGAAACAUAUGGUGUUGGAUAAAAUGCAUGCUCGAGCGAGAGGACCAAGAGCUGCGUUGACUCGUCAGCCAACGGAAGGAAGAAGUCGUGAAGGAGGUCUUCGUCUUGGAGAAAUGGAACGAGAUUGUUUGAUUGCUUAUGGUGCUUCAAUGCUUUUGAUUGAACGAUUGAUGGUAUCGUCGGAUGAGUUCAAGGUUGAUGUGUGCACCGGAUGUGGUGUGAUUGGCUCAAAAGGAUGGUGCCAAAAAUGUCGUUCGAGUAAAACGAUGGCCAACAUUAAAAUCCCAUAUGCUUGCAAACUGCUUUUCCAAGAACUACAAUCGAUGAAUAUUGUACCGAGAUUAGAUUUGGCGCGAUACACCGGAUAG